GGACAAUACCGUCUCAUAAUUUGAAUUUUAAAGAAACAGCUUUGAAACAGACACUGACAGCUCCUUCUCCGUCCCCAGUGUACUCACUCUCUCUAGUGUUAAGCCUUCCUCUCAAUCUCCGUCCAUUCUCACUCUUCUUCUCCCACUCACAGAAAAUCUCAACUCUCUCUCUCUCUCUCUCCCUCUCUCUCUAGCGUUUUAGUGAGGAGAGAACUGAACAAUGGCUGGAUAUGUAGGUGUGCUGGUAUCGGAUCCAUGGCUGCAAAAUCAGUUCACUCAGGUGGAGCUUCGGAGUUUAAAAUCUCACUUUAACACGAUGAAGAAAGAGAACGGAGGUCUGACGCUCGCCGACUUGCCUUCACAAAUGGCGAAACUGAAACACGUCGGAGAGAAUCUUACGGAGCAAGACAGAGAGUUGUUUCUCAGAGAUUCCUAUAAAUGUUUGGAUGAAAACGUUGAUUUCGAACUAUUUCUUCGGGUUUAUUUGAAACUCCAAGCACAUGCCACAGCAAGAAUGGGAAAUAGCGCCAAGAAUUCAUCAGCUUUCCUAACGUCUCCAACUUCUACGCUACUCCACACAAUUAGUGAAUCCGAGAAGGCAUCAUAUGUUGCCCAUAUUAACAACUAUCUUGCAGAAGAUGAAUUUUUGAAAAAAUUCCUUCCUAUUGAUCCUUCUACUAACGACCUCUUUGAGGUUGCCAAGGAUGGAGUUCUUAUCUGCAAGCUUAUCAAUGUGGCCGUACCUGGAACAAUUGAUGAGCGAGCAAUAAAUAUGAAGAGAAUGCUUAAUCCAUGGGAAAGGAAUGAAAAUCAUACAUUGUGCCUAAACUCUGCCAAGGCAAUUGGAUGUACUGUGGUCAAUAUUGGGACUCAAGACUUCAUCGAAGGGAGGAGGCAUCUUGUUCUUGGAGUAAUAUCCCAAAUUAUUAAAAUUCAACUAUUGGCAGACCUCAAUCUAAAGAAAACACCUCAAUUGGUCGAGUUAGUUGACGAUAGCCAGGAAGUAGAGGAGCUGAUGAGCCUUCCUCCAGAAAAGAUCCUGCUUAGAUGGAUGAAUUUUCAAUUGAAGAAAUCUGGAUACAAGAAAAUUGUGACAAACUUCUCUUCUGACAUAAAGGAUGGAGAAGCUUAUGCUCACCUCCUAAAUGUACUAGCCCCUGAGUAUACCAAUCCUUCAAUGCUCACGGUGAGAGACCCUUUAGGAAGAGCAAAAUUGGUUCUGGAUCAUGCAGAUAGGAUGGGCUGCAAAAGAUAUUUAACGGCGAAAGAUAUUGUGGAAGGUUCUCCAAAUCUUAACCUUGCAUUUGUGGCACAUAUCUUUCAGCAUAGGAAUGGUCUUUCAACCCAAACAAAGCAGAUAUCCUUUGUUGAGAUAUCACCAGAUGAAGCUCAGAUGUCCAGGGAAGAAAGAUCAUUUCGCUUUUGGAUCAAUAGUCUUGGAAAUUCAUCAUACAUAGACAAUGUUUUCGAAGAUCUGAGAGAUGGAUGGGUGCUUUUGGAGACACUUGACAAGGUCUCCCCAGGAAUUGUUAAUUGGAAAAUUGCCACUAAACCUCCAAUUAAGAUGCCUUUUAGAAAAGUAGAAAACUGCAACCAGGUAGUCAAGAUUGGCAAACAAUUGAAGUUUUCCUUAGUAAAUAUUGCUGGAAAUGACGUUGUGCAGGGAAACAAGAAGUUAAUAUUGGCUUACUUGUGGCAGUUAAUGAGAUGUAACAUGCUUCAGCUCUUAAAGAAUUUGAGAUUUCACUCCCAUGGGAAGGAAAUCACCGACGCCCACAUUUUAGAGUGGGCUAACAGCAAAGUAAGAAACUCGGGAAGCCAAAGUCAUAUGGCAAGUUUUAAGGAUAAGAGUUUGUCAACUGGAAUCUUUUUCCUUGAACUGCUAAGUUCUGUUCACCCUCGAGCUGUUAACUGGAGUCUUGUUACAAAAGGGGAAACUGAUGAGGAGAAGAAAAUGAACGCGACCUACAUAAUCACUAUCGCGAGAAAACUCGGAUGUUCAAUAUUUUUGUUACCUGAAGAUUUAAUUGAGGUAAAUCAAAAGAUGAUCCUUACGCUGACAGCAAGUAUAAUGUAUUGGCACUUGAAACAACCAUUGGAGGACCAAACUUUUGCAUCAUCAGAUAGUGAUAGUAGCUCGGUGGACACAGCCUCAACCUCAACGUUGGACGAUACAGCUUCUGAGUCUUCAGCGGAUGAUAUUAGUAAUACAUAACUCGGUGAUUUUUCCAGAUAUUUCAUGGUGCUGAAUUUUCUUUUAUUGAAAAUUUUCCAAAGAUUUAUAGUGUUAUCGCUUUAUAUAAAUCACUUAUUCUGAAAGCAAUUUUCCAAAAAAGAAUCACAUAAUGUGGAUAUUGUAAGUAAGUUGUAAUUGUAUUUUUGGACAAGAAGGCAUUGUAAUAAUGUAAUGUAGGUUGUCUUCACCUCCCUUCUAAUUACAUGUUAUGUAAGUUUUGCUUAGAACUAAGGACCGAACUAGCUGUUGCAUAUAUGUUAAAGCAAGUGAUUUAU